GUGUGGCUUGAGUGUCUUCCUCUGUGCUCCCCAGGGAGCAGCAGCAUCAGAGUGCUCCCAGGGUGCCAAAGGGACACACUGGACCAACUGGAGACCCUGGGCCCCCUGGACUCACAGGCAGGGAGAUGACAAGAGAGGGAUCUGUGCCUGGACACUCUAGGGAUGAAGGCACACGGGGUCAGGGUGGGCAUGGGGGUGCCUGCAGCCAGUCAGUUAAAGAUGGCUACGUAUUCAUUAUGCUCCUUUCUCUGUAUACGGCACCUCCUGGCUGCCGAUGGAUUGAGGCGGGUAUAGAAGUCAAGGAAAAGCCACUGUCGUGAAGACUUGGAUGGAGACAGGCACAGAGUGUCUACAGGUCCAAGCAGAGUGAACAUGCGUCCAAACUGAGCAGCGGCAGCCCCUAGAAGGGAGACACCAACAGCAGCGAGACCUGUGGUCUCCAGAGCUGACUUCUCCUGCACUUGACACAUGCAGGCACUGUGCGGGACCUCCUCUCCAUCCUGUGAGGGUCUCCCUGAAUCUCAGGGUCUCAAUGGAUUUUCUGACCCCAAAGGGCCCCUGGGUGACCAUGGGAUUCAAGGGAAGGAUGUUCCUGGUCUGAGGGGCUUCCCAGGAGAGAAAGGCCUCCUAGGCCCUGCUGGACUGAGGUGCAGCAGGAUCAAGGGACCCAUUGUCCCCCACCAGGGUGCUCCGGCCCUCAGGAACCCCUUGGAUCAACAGAAGAGACAGGUGUCCCAGGUGAAAAGGGCUCCAUUUGUCUGCCUGGCCGUGAUAGGGUGCAGAGUCAUUUGUGACUUCCCAGUCCUGCUGGGCCUCCAGGUGUGGCUGGAGAAGACGGAGACCAAGAGAAGAACCCCAGAGAACCCAGCCAAUCUUCUCUCCACAUGAGAGGGCCGAGGGCUCUCCUGGACCCCCUGGACUCACUGGUCUAUGGAACAGCCUGGAGCAGUGGGAGCAGAUUGGGAGCCCGGAUCUCAGGGACACCAGGGACACUUUGGAGCGAGAGUGUGGGGAGCCAAAGUCAAUAAAGGAACAAGAGGAUUCACGGACCUACAGGAUCCACAGGGUCCCCUGACAGGUGUUGGGGACCUGGGUCCUCCUGGAGAGAAGGAGACAAAAGAGAAUAAAACGUGGAGAAUACCAGGAUUUUGUGAGGGGGAAAUGAAGUUUUUGACCUCAAUCUCUUUGCUACUGGAGCCAGGAGAGACAGGAUCUCCAGGAAUCCAGGGUGAGCCAGGUGUCAGGGUCUUGGUUUUCCUGGAGACCCUGGCCUCCCGGAAGAAGGUAGUUCAUGAUCAGGACAGUGUUAAGGGUGACUACGGCAAGGAUGGUGAGCCAAGACAGCCUGGUCAGCUAGGGAUAGUCAUGACUCUAACCAAGAGUCAUUUAGGACACAGGAAGAUACCGAAUGAGGAAACUCUCCCCAGUCCUGAACUCAUCCACAAAUUAGAAUACAUAGGUCCAGCCCAGGUGCAGUGGCUGAAGCCUGCAAUCCUCCCGCUUCCUGCUUCGGAAGACCAAGGCAAGAGGAUCUCUUAAAGUCGGGACACAGAGAAGCUCUGCUCAUGGCCGCCUCCUACCACUCUGACCACUCUGCAGUCUUGGUGGCCACCACUAACCACAGGGAGCCUGGCCAGGGGCUGCAAGUUGCAGCCUCCACCCACUCCUCUAAGUCAGGCAUGGAGCAACAGUGAAGCCGUGGCAGAAGAGGCUGGAAUGGCAGAACACACCCUCAACGUGCAUUAUAUAUAGAGGUUACAGAAAUGAGGUCCUGGACUUUGUGUUCUGAUUGGAUGGGGGAAAACCUGUAGGCCUACUCUGAUUGGACUUUAUCUUCAUAUCCUGAUUGGUUAUCCUAAGAGUUGCUCUCAUCUAAUCUUCUUUAUAAGUGGUCAUCUUUGUAAGUUCAUGCCCAUUGGGAGUUAGUGAAGUUGUGAAUGAUUACAUUUAAACUUAUCCUGUAAUUUUAGUCUGACUUAUUAAUUCCACCUAUCUGCUUAAGCAAAUUAUUCUCUAUAAUGAUGACCCAAGCAAAUUCCUGUCCCAAGAUGGUAUCAAGAUGAUACCCCAAGUUCCUCUCCAGAAUGGUAUCUGGAUAUAUGUGGAGGGAAAUAUUUUUUCUAGGCCUGUAUUAAAUAUGGCACUAAGGCUUAGUGGCUUAAAACAAUACACUCUUAUUAUCUCACAGCUUCUGUGAAUAAGUAGUUCAGGAGAAUGUAGUUGGGUGAUUCUUCCAAGAGUCUCAAAAGGUGGCAGUCAAUCUGUUGGUGAGAAUUGUAGUUACUUGAAGACUUGGCUAGAGUUAAAGAAUUUAUAUCAAAGAUGGCUUAUUCAUGGCCAUUGGAUGGAAGCCUCAGUUUCAGAAUGGCUCUUGGAAAUAGGUCUUUUUACUUGCCACAUAGACCUCUCCAUAGGCUGACUGAAUGUCCUCCAAUGUGUCAUCUGGCUUUCUCCAGUGCAAAAGAUCCAAGAAGAGAGUAUGAAGGAACACGUAAUGCUCUUUAUAAUUUUGUCACAGACCGUCACUUUUGCCAUACUGUAUUGUUUGGAAGUUAGUCACUAAGUCUAGCCCACACUCAAAAGAAUGAGAAUUAACCUCCACCUUUGGAAGAGAGUCUAGUCAAAGCACUUGUGGACAUGUUUUGAAACCACAAAGGGGUAUGUCUGCCGGUCUCCAAGAUGGCCCCCAGUGAUUCUCAUCAACUAUUAUUAAUACUUUCGUAUAGUCCCUUCCCACAAGAAAAAAGGGUUGAUCUGUUUAAUUAGUAUGAUUUUGUUGAAAUGACAGAGUCUGACUUCCAAGUUUAGGUCAUAAGAAGAAUUUUGACUUCUGCCUUGUUCUCUGUUGGAUCAAUAUCCCUAGGGGAAGCUAGAUGCAAUGUCAUGAAACCAUUCAAACAGUCCCAUGGAACAAUCCAUCUAGCAAGGAACUGAUGUCUCCUAGCAAUAGCUGGCAUUAACUUACAGGCCGUAUGAGUGGGUCAUCUUAGAGUUGGAUUCUUCAGUCCAAAUCAAGUCUUCAGAUAACUGUAGCCCUGGCUGACAUCUUGAUUACAUCCUCAAGAGAGACCCUGAGCCACAAUCACUCAGUUAAGCCACCGAGUUCUUUUUGCCAAGAACUUUUUUUUACCAAGUUCUUUUUGCCACCAACUUUAUUGAGGUAUAAUUGACAGUUACAAUUGUAUAUAUUUAAGGAACACAACUUGAUGAUUUGAUAUACGCAUACAUUGUGAAAUAAUCGUGACAAUUAGGUUAACAUAUUCAUUACUUCACAUAAUUACCAUUUUCGUGCGUGUGUGUGUGUGUGUGUGUGUAGUGAAAACACUUAAGAUCUAUCCUCCUAGCAAAUUUCAAGUGUACAAUAUACUGUUGUUAACUACAGUCAUAUUAUUGUAUACUAUGUCUCCAGAAGUUAUCCACCUUGUGUAACUGAGAUGCUGUACCCUUGACCAAUGUCUCCCCAUUUUCUUCUCCCUCCAGCCCCUGGUAACUACCCUUCUACUUUCCAGUUCUAUAAAUUUAG